GGUAUAUCCUGUUAACUAAAUACAACAAGGCAGUAAGGCCCCUAGGCUAGCCUGUUCACAAAAUAUAAUUAAAAAAAUAUAUAUGUGACAGCCGACAGGUCAAAUCUCAUAAAUUAAAAAAAAAAGUGUAAUCACCCUUAUCACGGACUACUUACAGAUGUCUCUUUUCUCUAAUUAUGUAUAAUGUAAUCAGUAAUAACUAAUUAAAUAAAUAGCGUGUAAUUAUUAAAUUUAACUAUGGCUGAUAUAAAAAAAAUAUUCGAUAAAUUGGAAAGCUUUUUAGACAGUGGUGAUGAAUUUCAUUAUAUUGACUUGAUUUUGAGAAAAAGCUUGAGUGAUAAUAAGGAGCAAACAGACAAAAAUUUCUGUUUAACAAAGAACUUUUUAGAUGAAGUUAUCAGUAAAAUAGACGAGUUAUCCUGUGAAAUUAAAACAAAUGAGAAUAUCUUAAUAAGUGUCAAAAAUCAAAAAACAUUAAGGAAUUGUUUUCAAGCAAUAACCUCAGUGGGGAUCUUGAAUUGCUUGAUUCCUGGACUGGGCAUUGGGAUAUCAAAAUAUAAAAACAGUGUCUUGGUGCAAUCCUUACCAAAACUUCCCCUUAAUGAUGAAGAGAAGUAUAAACUGAUAAUUUUAUGCAUAGAUUUCUUCCAAAGGAGCUAUUUGAUACCAGUUUUAAAAAAUAUCAUUGUUACUUUUCAUUUGUCAGAUUAUUUAGCAGCAUUAAUUCAAAUAGCAUUUGCACCGUUAAAGAAACCAGGUGAAUACAAAGACUUUGUUAUGACUACAGAAAAAUAUGCACAGUUAACAUUGGAAAGACAAAAAUAUAUUCAAAUAUAUGAAAAUUUGGUAACCAAUUGUUUCCAACCAAUGCUAAUGAAAGAACUUUUAGUUUUGCAAAAUCCAUCUGAUGUGGAACCCCCCGCCUUUGUUAAGAGGAUUGUUUCCAAAGAAUUGAGUAGACAAUUAAUCACACCAGGUGGCUUACUGAGCUUAAUAAGAUGCUUUUUAGAUAGCCAUGAUAUAGAUGUUGGCAUUGAAUGGAAAAAGAUCAACAUGAUUUGUAAAAUUGUAUCUGUGAAGCACGGUGAUAUAACAUUAGAGAAUUAUAUUAGCAAUAUCUGUAGUCAAUUAAGAAAUAUACUAACACUUAAUAAUACUCAGUAUAUAGCCACAGCAGGUUCCUGUAUGAUGAGUCUAUCAGAAACAUACCCAGGAAAUGAAUUAGUGAGGUCUACACUAACCAACAUGAUAACACCAUUUGAUUAUGAUAAAUUGGCUGCUCAAUGUAUGCCAGGAACUGUUAUAUUCACUGUCCAAGAAGUGGAACACUAUAUUUUGAUAUUACAUGCAUGUCUCUGUGUAACAAAAUUAGACAUGCCAGUUGGAAUACUGUUGAAAAACAUGUUUAUUCUCAAUCAGCUGCAUAUGAAAUGUUCAAAUGACAAUAUGAAUAGUAAAGUUCGGGAUAUAGUAUUCAAAAUACUGGAAAUGUGUGAUGAUCAUUCAAUAUAUAGUGUUAUAAAGGAGUUGUUUUGUGGAAAAGUACAAACCUCAAUCGGGAUUAGUAUUGAACAAUACAAUUCUGGUAUUUUAUUAAAAUCUUCAAGAAAUCCAAUAAAGCAUGCACCUGAUGAAGCUGUGUCGUAUAUAUUACAUUUGUAUAAUGAGGCAAAAAAUACCAACCUUAUUGAAAACAUAUAUAAAUCCCUACUUCAGUUGCUUUUAGAAUUUAAAGUAAAACGAAAAAAUAUUUAUGAUAAUGGGGCACUGACAGAAAAUGAUGUGGUAAACGAUGAUGAUAAGAAAUAUGCUUGUAUUCUUCUAAUGUUAUCUGAAAUAUCAGGUAUACCAAAAACUGUUAAUAUGUUUAAGAAAACACCUUCAAUCGCCCUGUCUUUUGUUGAAGAGUUAUUGUCCGAUUUUAACAAUUCUCAAUACGAAGACGAAUGUGUUACUGUUGCCUUAGUUUUGCUAAACUCAAUUCUAUCAAACACAAACAAAGGUAAAACUCUUCAAGAUUCUCUUAAGAAGCUGAUGCCUACUCUUAUUAAAAUAAUGAAACAAGCCAAUGAUUACAACCAACUUCUUUGUAAGGAGAUAAUAGCGUUGAUAAACAAUGAAUGUCUUCAGAAGCAUGAGACAGCAUUAGGUAAAGCCUUGGUGAAUGUUUUUGACAAUCUGUUGCCAGUGAAAGCUCAUGGAGUGAUGGAAAUAACAAAACUCAUUGAUGGGAAAGAUCCGGAAACAUUAUCAAAGAGACACUACAUAUUUUGUCUUUUACAGGAAUGCUUACAAGAUUCAGAUUCCUAUCUUUAUCUGUCUGCAAUUAAUGGUAUCGCAUCAUUAGCUAGUCAUUGUACUGAUGAUGUGUUGAGUGUCUUAUGCAAAGAAUUUCUUCAUAUGUCUACUAAAAUUAGUAUGGAAUCAAUGGAGGACCAAAACAAUAUUAUUGAGAUGAAAAUGAAAAUUGGUGACAUCAUUGUGAAAGUUACAAAAAACUUGGGUGAAAGAGCGAUAAUACAUAAAACUUUGUUGUUAAACACAUUCCUGUGUGGCUGUAGAGAUAAAGAUCCUCUGAUCAGAGCAUCAGCAAUAUCAAACCUAGCUGAGAUUGCUUUAGUUUUACAUUACAGAGUUGGAACUAUUAUUUACGAGAUACUACUUUGCAUUUGGAAUAUAAUUGACACAGACGAGUCUGUGGAAUGUAGAAGGGCGGCUGUUAUGGUUAUUACAAGUUUAUUCAAGGGAUUGGGGAAAGAAACAUUAGCAGAACUUAAAGAUAACUUGCUACCGAUUUAUAGGACCCUUAAUAGACUCUACAAUGAUCAAAAUGAAGACUCCAUAGUAAAGCUUCAUGUACAGUUAGCACUCGAAGAACUGAAUGAUAUUGUUGAAGUAUUUUUACGACCUGCACUAUCGAUGGAAAAACAUUUUGUACUGAAUGAUAUUAAAGGGGAUAUUAUAUUCAAAUGAAAGAA